UGUCCACCAUGGCCUGGACUCCUGUCCUCCUCUUCAUCCUUUCUCACUGCACAGGUUCCUUCGCCCAGCCUGUGCUGACCCAGCCGCCCUCCCUCUCGGCAUCUCCUGGAGAAACAGUCAAACUCGGCUGUGCCCUGAGCAGUGACGUCAAUGUCGGUGACAGGAAUAUGUACUGGUACCAGCAGAAGCCAGGGAGCCCUCCCCGGUGGUUCCUGUACUACUACUCAGACUCCGACAAGGAGUUGGGGCCUGGGGUCCCCAGUCGAGUCUCUGGGUCCAAAGAUAAGUCGAAGAACACAGCGUUUCUGCACAUCUCUGGGCUCCAGGCUGAGGACGAGGCCGUGUAUUACUGUCAUACUGGGCACAGUAGUGGUGCUCACAGUGACACGGGCAGAUGGGGAACAUCUGCCAGACUCACCUGCACCCUGACCAGUGGCUUCAGUGUUGGGAGCUACUACAAAUUCUUGGACGAGGCCUCCCUGCUGUCUCCUAAGGAACAGGUCAGAUUCAGACAAGGACCAGGGCUCCAGGGUCUCCAGCUGCCUCUCUGGAUCCAAGGACACUUCGGCCAAUGCAGGUGUUCUGCACAUCUCCGGGCUGCAGCUGAGGACGAGGCCGACGAUUACUGUG